AUGAGCAUCCACCUGAACGUGGAGAAUUUUCACGAGACGGCUGCCACCCCCGGUCCGUCAAUGGUGAACCGUCCGCCGGUCCUCGUCAUUCCAGGUAACAAUGAGUCGAAAGGUUACGACGACACGAGAAGAAUGCUGAAGCCUGCCCCCAUAGAUGAUCACGAGGUAGAACUAACCCCUCUUGUGACCUACACCAAAGGCACCUGCUCAAGUGGUGCAUCUUCUACACUAGUAGCUUGGAUAGCUGCUGCGAUUAUUUGA